ACUAAAACUCCAACCACACAAAACAAACAGUCCCUGCGCCUUGCUCACCGCCGGAGAAGAUGGCGGCGGCAGUUGGAACGGCGCAGUUGCACCUCAGCAAGGUGCUCAUGAAGCUCUCGGAUGCACGGCUGGCCACGUAUGUGGCCAGCUCCGAGCUCGGCCUUGAUCCCCGAAAGAUCAAAGAAGAUCUGAUGCACACGCAAGGUCGGCUACAUGUUGCCCAUCGGAUGGGCAGCCGCAACGAUCCUUGCCUCAUGGCCUUGCUGGUGGAGCUGAGCCAGAAGGCCGACGUGGCUGAGAAACUGCUGAGCGAGCUCCAGUACUUCAUGAUCCAGGACCAGCUUGACGGUACCCAUCUAGUCAAGCCAGAUCUGGGUGGUGGCCUCAAGGUCAAGAUGGGUCACACUCUUGGUAACUGUCUCCCAUACUUUUCUUGUCCAUGUACCAGUAGCCCACAAAAUGGAACCAAGUCUGAUGGCCGCGACCAUGUUGAUGAGUUGCCAUUUGAUAGUGUGUCCAUAUCCAUCAAAAUAAAAUCAGUGUUAGAGGAGAUACAGUCCAUAUGUAGCCAUGUCUCCCGCUUUCAGAUGUUGAACCCAAACCAUAGUAGCAGCACUAAGGCAACUACAACUGUUACCCGCACACGGGCUUUUACGGGAUCAACAAUUGCAUAUGAUAGGCUGUACGGUAGGGCGGCCAUUUUUGAGGAAACUAUAGAUGCCAUCACUAGUCACGGUGAAAUCCUUUCCGUUCUCCCUGUAGUUGGGCCAGGGGGAAUUGGAAAAACAGCUUUCAUCCAACAUCUGUAUAAUGAUGCAAGGAUUGAACAACACUUUACUGUCAGGGUCUGGGUGUGCGUACCCAGCGAAUUCGAUGUGCUUAAGCUCACCCAGCAGAUCCUUAGAUGCAUAAUGGCAACUGAAAAGGAAGGAAGUAGCAGUGUUGCAUAUGAAACAGCCAAUCUAGACCAGCUUCAGAUUUCCAUUGCACAGAGACUACAGUCCAGAAGGUUUAUGAUUGUCUUGGAUGGUGUGUGGGAAUGCACAAAUGAUAAGUGGAAUACCCUAUUAGCUCCAUUCACUAGGGGAGAAGCCAAGGGCAGCAUGUUUCUUGUCACAACUCGGUUCCCAAGUAAAGCAGAAAUUAUGAAAACAGUUGAUCCAAUAGAACUGCAUGGUUUGGACCCUGCUGAUUUCUUCACAUUAUUUGAAGCAUGUAUAUUUGGUGAGCUCAAUAAACCUGGGAAUUACGAACAUGAGUUAAUUGAUAUGGCAAAAGAUAUUGCAAAGAAGUUAAAGGGUUCACCUUUAGCGGCCAAAACAGUUGGUCGACUAUUAAGGACAGAGCUAUCUUGGGAACACUGGAUGAGGGUUAAAGGAAGCAAUGAAUGGCAAAAAACUCAACACAAUGAUGAUAUUAUGCCAGCAUUGUACCUUAGCUACGAUUACCUUCCUUUACUCCUACAAAAAUGUUUUUCCUAUUUUUCUCUUUUUCCUGAAGAUUAUAGGUUUACUCUUCCCGAAAUUAAUCGCUUUUGGAUUUCGGUAGGCAUCAUAGACUCUAGUCAUCCAGGAAAUAAUAAUUGCUUAGAAGAACUAAUGGACCGUGGAUUUCUCAGGAAGGAAGAUAGUUUGUUUGGUGAAAACUAUGUGAUGCAUGAUUUAACACAUGAAUUAUCUCGAAGUGUUUCAAAACAAGAAUGCCUCAAUAUAUCUUCUUCAGAUUUUACAGCUGAUGCCGUCCCACAAUCUAUUCGGCAUUUGUCUAUCACCUUAGAAAAUAGAUAUAAUGAUAAUUUUCGGGAAGAAGUGAGUAAACUGAAAAGAAGAAUAGACAUUGCAAAUUUAAGCACUUUGAUGAUUUUUAGAGAAUAUGAAGAAAGAAUUUCUGAUAUUUUAAAAGAUACAUUCAAAGAAGUAAAUGGUCUGCAUAUCCUGUUUAUAGUAGUGAAAUCCCUAGAUGAUUUCCCACAAAAUUUCUCAAAGCUUAUCCACCUCCAGUACCUCAAAUUAAGAUCGCCUUUUGGCAGAGAAAUAGCUUUACCAAGCACACUAUCUAGAUUUUAUCACUUGAAAUACUUAGACCUAGAAGAUUGGCAUGGUAGUUCUAAUUUACCUAAACACAUUAGUCGCCUUGUGAACUUACAAGACUUCCUUGCUAAAAAAGAACUCCACUCCAGUGUUCCUGAGGUUGGAAAGAUGAAGUAUCUACAGGAACUAAAAGAAUUCUGUGUUAAGAAAGAGAGUGUUGGAUUCGAAUUAAGAGAGCUGGGGGAAAUGCCAGAGCUUGGAGGAGAACUCAGAAUAUGCAAUCUCGAAAAGGUGGCAACCAAGGAAGAAGCUAGUGAAGCCAAACUGAUGUCGAAAAGGAAUCUGAAAAAGUUGACAUUGGUUUGGGGCAGAAACAAACCGACUAUAGAUGGUGAUGUUCUUGAUGGUCUUCAACCACAUCCUGAUCUUAGAGAGCUCUGUAUUGCAAAUCAUGGUGGUACUGCUGGUCCCAAUUGGCUGUGUGUUGACAUUUUGCUGAAACAGUUGGGUGCUCUCCAUCUCGAAGGGUUGUCUUGGGACACUCUUCCACCUGUUAGGCAGCUACGACACCUCACCAAACUAAUUCUGACAAGGAUCUCUGGAGUGCAUCAGUUGAGAAUCCAGGACAUGGCAUCGCUGGAGUCAUUGAUGGUAUGUAGAUGUGGUGACUUCUUCUCUAGGUGUUCCAUGGAAGAAGCAGGAGGAACUGGCACCAUGAAGCUUUUCCCUAUUUCCCUCAAGAAGCUUGGUAUUUCAACUGAGUCAAGCAUACAGUCAAUGGCUCUGCUCUCAAACCUCACGUCUCUCACCCAUCUGACACUGCAAGAUUGUGUUAAGUUAACAGUGGAUGGAUUCAAUCCGCUCAUCACAGUCAAUCUCAAGGUACUGGUGGUCUUUAACUGCAGAUGGGACAGAAGUUGUCCUGAAUCUGUAGCAGCGGAUCUGCUCUCAGAGGUCGCAAGUAGCACAGCAAUGCCUGCGGGUUCCUUCCAACUGGAACAGCUCAAGGUGGACAGCAUCUCGGCAGUGCUUGUCACUCCCAUUUGCAACCUCGUCGCUUCUACCCUCAACACCUUGAUAUUCUGCCAUGAUCAUCGGGCCAAAAGCUUCACGGAAGAGCAAGAGAAGGCGCUUCAGCUCCUCACCUCCCUCCGACACCUCACAUUUGAUGGUUGUGGGGCUCUGCAGUCCCUCCCCAGAGGGUUGAAUGGCCUUUCUUCGCUCAAAGACUUAGAGGUUCUCUGGUGCCCUGAAAUGGGAUCCAUACCCAAGGAGGGCUUCCCCGUUUCGCUGCGAAACCUACGCAUAAGGCCUUGCAGCACCCAGGUUAAGGAGCAAAUUGAGAAAAUCAGAAGAACAAGCCCAGGUUUAUCUGUACGAUACGAGUAACCCGAGGCUAGUAUGUUCUACUCCACCAUGCUUGGGAUGUGUACAGAAGUUGUGAAAUCUGGAAGGCUGUCAGGCACCAUGAAUCUGCAUUUGCUCACAAAUCAGCUGGAUUUCUAGCUUUUGUUCAGUCACAGACUACAACAGCGCGCUUCUGGAUUUCUAGCUAAAUUUGAAGACAAAGUCUUUUUUCAGAGCUCGAAGCUGACCUUAUGCAUAAUGGAAGAUAUGAGACAGCAGAUGCAGCCAACUCUCCAUUCUGCAAUGUUGGUAGAUUUCUGACCAUCAAGGCUGCUGUGGGCACUACAACAAAAAUGUUUAUAUAAGUUAUGGAUCCUUUCUGCAAUAUAUCUACGUCUGCGCGGAAGUCAAUCUGCAAGUCACAUGUUGAUCACUAGUUAUACAUUCUACACGUCCCUGCAAGUCAAUCUGCCAUUAGGCUUGAGUGUGAUAAUUGAUGAUAUCACCAUCAUGGUGCCUACUAUGUACCCUUUUUCCCCUCACACUGUCAACCAAGUCGGAGAAAUUGAGGCCGGAAUCAUAGACUUAUGCCUGUGUGUACUGCCACAACAAUAUCUUCAACCAUAAAGCCGCAACGGCCAAUACAGCUGGCACUAUUCACUGUGAAGCAGAGGAGCAAUGCUGUUGCACUAAGUCACCUGAACAUUCUGAGUCGUAGAAUGGCAUCCUGCUCUAUGUCCUGGCUGCUUGUAAUUAAGCACUGCUUGACGCAAAAUUUUGCCAUAUUGUAAGCACAUAGAAGUUCAAGCACCUUGCAUUUGUAUCAGAGAAGAUAUCUAAGCUGGUGGUCAAUUUCUCAGGAUGGUGUGAAGGCUUGGUAGCUUUCUGUUCUGUCUUGGACUACAGCAUCCUUAAUUUCAGAAUGGCUUAUUACAGUGUGCAUGGAACAGAUGGAUGCUCAAUUUGAAGGCUAAGGUGACACCAGAUGGACCUCGUUCUUUAACAGAGUGAUACCAAUGAUUAAAGUGGAUGCUUUCUCCUGCUACAGAAGAUAUGUUCCACCAGCAGGCAGCAUCAACUGCGAAAGUAUGUAUUAAGUGGCAGCUAUCUUCUCAGAAGUUCUGCCGCCACUUGUUGCCAUUGAUUUGAAACAGUUCAGAGAACCUCACCUUACUGACACGCCUAUCAGAAGUGGCGAUCUUAAAGAUUGUAUGAUUCUCCAGAUGUUCUGAAGAUCAGAACGGUAUCCAGUUCUGCUUUUGUGACUCCAAUCUGCAGUGAUUGUCCUUCAGGUGUUACUUUCAGUUGCUCCAUGUCCGACAAACACCUACACAGAGGACCCCUGUUGGUGUUUGCACCUUCCCAUGUGCACAUAUCCGGGCUCCUGCUCGCGCUUACAAAGCCAAGAAAGAUCCUCAUCCAGCCGCUAUUUUGAUGGGACUAAAGACCAGCUCUCAGUUUAUCCCCUGCCGACAAACACCUACACUGAGGGUGAGGGGUUCAGAGGAUGAUUCAAAGGCGUAUCAUGACUGUUAUCGAGUGUCGGUGUCACAAUCCACGCUCAAUGUUGUCUUGUUCGCCACCGGGCCAGUGGAGCACGGAUAUUUGGCGUGAUCCAUUGUCGGCUGCACCGCUGAAGCCCACGCUGUAAGACCUUCCUCAGCCAUCUCGACCAGUUGAUGGUGAUGCAUUCAGCACUUGAGCAGAGCAGGGAGGUGUAGAUAAAAAUCCCCAAGGGCGCAAUCCCUGAGAGACCCAGUUAUUUCUAGUCGAAUUUGGUUCCGCCUUGUUUCGUACUAUUCAACAAUUAAUGAAAAAUGUAAUCAGUGAUUUGGGUGGGACAAAUUGCAAGCCUCACUCAUUUGAUUAUUAUUAUACUCUAGGAUCAGUGGGCAGGCCUCGGUCUGAUAUCCCUAGACAGCUAGGCCUUCUUAACAUAGCAAAUUGAGCAGAUA